AUGCGCAACGAAGUCAACGAGAUGCAAACGUGUACGUCGCCGUACGUGCAGCCGCUCAUCGCGAUCCUCGACAAUGGCUCGACGACGGCUCUUCUUCCGGUGCUCAACGGCGACGCACUGUACAGCCCGACGAUGGUCAUCGAGUACAUGGACGGCGGGGACCUCGACGAUACGCUCAAAAAGAUCCGCUCGGAAGACAAGGUGCCGCUGCAAGUUUCAACCAUCGAGGUGGCCCUUGUGCUCGCCUACGCGCUGAAAGAUCUGCACGCCCUCGGGAAGGUGCACCGGGAUAUCAAGAGCCUCAACAUCUUUCUCUCGACGACGCACUACAUUCGACUCGCGGAUCUCGGCGAGGCACGGACGCACGGCAGCAACAUGACGUCCAACAAAGGCACGGACUACUGGAUGGCCCCCGAAGUCGUUCGCGUCGGUAACGGUGACAAUGGCCGGUCGUAUGGUCCACCCGCCGACAUUUACUCGUUUGGCGUCGUCCUCACCGAGCUCGACACGGGCGAGACGCCGUAUGCCGACAUCGACGACAAGCGUUCGAUUCUCAAAAGAGUGUGCGAUGGCACGCUGCGUCCGAAAAUGAGCGCCACUUGCGAGCCUUGGCUCCAAGCGCUCGCAGACCAGUGUCUGGAACAUGAUCCAUCCAAGCGCCCGACAGCCGACAGCAUUAUCGCUACACUUGUGGCGCAUCGGAAUGGCAAGAGCGUACCGGCAACAAAAGGUGUGCAUCCGGUGAUGACCAGCCUUGCAACGAUCGACGAGGAAGACACCGAAGCCCAGGAAGCCCCGUAAUAACGCUAUCGCUGUCGCCGCACUGUCCCCAUGACGCGUUUUUGAUGUUACAUUAUUGGAC